AUGGCUGCUCGGCCGAGCUCUCCGAGCCAUAACCCGCCUCACAUGCAGACAAACGACGAUCACGAAACCAGUCCUGAGGCGUCCAUUGGCCGAGUGCGGGUUUUCAUCAUCACCGGAACCACAAGUGGAGUGGGUAAGGCGCUGGCGGGCAUCCUCUAUUCGAAGAAUGCAAAGGUCUACACCGCGGCCAGAAACCACGGGCGUACCCUCGAGGCCAACGCAGACAUCGAAAGCCAGAACCCAAACUCCAUGGGAAAUCUCCUCUUUCUCAAACUGGAUCUUGAGGACCUGAGUAGCGUCAAAGCAGCGGCGGAAGAAUUUAUUUCGAAGGAAACCCGCCUCGAUAUCCUGUGGAACAAUGCUGCCAUUUUAAUGCCGCCCGCGGGCUUGAAGACCAUACAGGGGUGCGACCUACAGCUCGGUGUCAAUUGCCUAGCACCCUUCCUGUUCACCAAGCUUUUGACGCCGACGCUGUUGGCCACGGCCCAGGUCUCUCCGCCCGGGUCAGUCAGAGUGAUGUUUGUGGCCUCUUCUCCGACAUACCUCUUUGCACCGACAGGAGGAGUGGAAAUGCUUCGCCUAGAGGAUGCUGGCGAACAAGACCCUACAUAUAUGUACGGUGUGAGCAAGGCUGGGAAUGCGCCGUAUGCUCUGCAAUUCGCAAAGUUACACAGAGAGCGUGGCGUGACAGCUGUAGUGUGUCGAGAACCUUUCUGCUAUCGCGUAUCUUGGAGCUCUGGCUCACAAGUCCGUUCCACUCAGAGCGGCAACCCCGAAAAUCUGCGCUCGGGUCUGCCGCGGCAUAUUUCUAGAUGGGGACAGAUGCUUAUGCGACUGCUGCAAUAUGAUCCCGUCUACGGCGCGUACACCGAGUUGUUCGGCGGUCUCUCUCCAGAGAGCACACUUGAGAAAACGGGAGCAUGGCUGAUGCCCCGGGGACGCAUCGGGAAGUUGAGACCUGAUAUCGAGGAGGCAGGCAAGAGCAUAGUGGGCGGAGGGAGUGGCAUUGCCGAAGAGUUCUGA